AUGCUGCAGGGGGCCAAGGACAAAAUGAGUGGGCCAUUUGCCUCUGGGACUUGCUCAGAUCCGGAAGACUCUUCGGAUCUUAAGUCUCCACUGAGCUCAAGGUUCAGGGAACCUCUCACCCACGCUCGGUUCCAGGAGCUCUUCGGGGGCGCAGAGCAAGAGCCGGAGCUACCAACCGAGCCAACCGAGCCCUGCUUACCCUGGCUGUGCAGGCUGCGGAGGAGGCGAGCCAGCGCCUGUUCUGGGCCGGGGGCGUGGCGCGUGCUGCUGGCAAGGCUGCCCCCGCUGCGUUGGCUGCCCCAAUACCGCUGGCGAGCCUGGCUGCUCGGAGAUGCCGUGGCUGGAAUAACAGUGGGCGUUGUGCACGUACCCCAGGGCAUGGCUUUUGCCCUCCUGACCUCGGUGCCCCCGGUGUUUGGACUCUACACUUCUUUCUUUCCUGUUCUCAUCUACAGUUUGCUGGGCACUGGGAGACACCUGUCCACUGGAACCUUCGCAGUACUCAGUCUAAUGACCGGCUCUGUUGUCGAGAGGGUGGUGCCCGAACCCCUCGCGGGGAAUCUCAGUGGGUUCGAAAGGGAGCAAUUGGAAGCUCGGCGAGUUGGGGCGGCAGCUGCUGUGGCCUUCGGGAGUGGGGCACUGAUGCUGGCGAUGUUCGUGCUACAGCUUGGUGUCCUGUCCACCUUUUUAUCCGAGCCUGUGGUCAAGGCGCUGACCAGCGGGGCCGCGCUGCACGUGUUGGUGUCCCAGCUGCCAAGUCUCUUGGGAUUGUCUCUCCCACGCCAGAUCGGCUGCUUUUCUCUCUUCAAGACACUGGCGGCGGUGCUCAGCGCACUGUCCCAGAGCAGUCCUGCAGAACUGACCAUCUCGGCGCUCAGCCUGGCGUUGCUAGUGCCGGUCAAGGAACUAAACGUGCGAUUCCGGGACAGGCUACCCACCCCGAUCCCGGGAGAAGUUGCCAUGGUGCUUCUGGCGACAGUUGUUUGUUUCACCUCUUCCCUGGACACAAGAUACAAUGUCCAGGUAGUAGGACUACUGCCCGGAGGAUUUCCCCAGCCCCUCCUCCCCGCGCUGGAUGAGCUACCCAGCAUACUGGCCGAUUCAGUGUCCAUCUCAUUGGUUACUUUCGCUGUGUCCACCUCUCUGGCCUCCAUCUAUGCAGACAAGUACAGCUACACGAUUGACCCCAACCAGGAACUCCUGGCCCACGGCGUGUCCAACCUCAUUUCCUCUCUCUUCUCCUGCUUUCCCAACUCCGCCACACUGGCUACAACCAGCUUAUUAGUGGACGCUGGUGGGAAUACACAGCUGGCAGGCCUCUUCUCCUGCGUGGUGGUCCUGGCAGUGUUGCUGUGGCUGGGACCCUUCUUCUACUACCUGCCCAAGGCUGUCCUGGCUUGCAUCAACAUCUCCAGCAUGCGCCAGAUGUUCUUCCAGAUGCAAGAGCUUCCACAGCUAUGGCACAUCAGCCGUGUGGACUUUGCUGUGUGGAUGGUCACGUGGGUGGCUGUCGUGACCCUGAACGUGGACCUGGGCCUGGCUGUGGGUGUGGUCGUCUCUAUGAUGACAGUGAUCUACCGAACUCAGAGGGUGCAGUGCCUGGCGCUUGGAUUGGCCGAGGGGACAGAGCUCUACAGGCCCAUCAGAGAGAGCCCUAAGCUCCUCCAGGCUCCAGGUCUGUGUAUCCUGAGCUAUCCAACACCUCUCUACUUUGCAACCCGUGGGCAGUUCCACCGCCUCCUGGAGCGGCAUCUGGGGCUUGGGAAAAGAACCAAGGUAGGUGCUGAGCCCGUCAGAGUGGCGAUCCUAGACUUCAGUGGAAUCCCUUUUGCAGAUGCUGCAGGGGCCAGGGAAGUGGUCCAGCUCACCAGGCGGUGUCAGGAAGAUGGAAUCUGCCUUCUCCUGGCUCAGUGUAAUGCCGUGGUGCUCGAGACCUUGACCCGGGCGGGACUGCUGGAUAGCAUGACUCCAGAACAACUCUUCGUGAGUGUCCAGGAUGCAGCUGCGCAUGCGCUGGAGAGGCUGAAACCUACUGGCCCACAGAUUUGCACGGUGUGGGUCUGACCACAGUCACUUAGAGUGCGAGAAGCCCCGACAGUAUGUGUGUGAGGAAGGCGGUCCUAGCUCCCUCCUAAUGCAACCAAUAAAACGAAGCUGAGAA